AUAUAAUUGUUAUCUAUCCAUUCUCUCUUCAUCCGGCUUCAACCCUCAACUUCUCUGCAAAAUUACCUGUCGCCGGGCGGAAUUGGGGAGGAGCCAAGAACAUCAAACGCUCUAGCCGACUUUGUAUUGUAGAUGGAGCAGGGGAAACAGGGCGUGGCGGUUAAAUUCACUCCUCCACAGAACCCAGUGGAGCAGAUUCAAGCUCGUUUCAAGGAGUUGGAAAAUGGGUUCAAAACCUGGUUAGCCAAGCAGUCUCUCCCAGUUGAGGCCGCCGUUGUCACCGCCACCAGCGCUGUGCAGGGCGCUGCUAUUGGUGGUUUUAUGGGCACUCUCACCAACGACGUUUCUUCGUCUCUGCCCACUCCUCAGGUCGGCCUCAACCCUCAAGCCAUGGCUUCUUUCAAGCAGGCCCAGGCUCUUGCUGGAGGUCCCUUAGUACAGGCUCGCAACUUUGCCGUGAUGACCGGUGUCAAUGCCGGCAUAUCUUCUGUUAUGAAGAGAUUGAGAGGCAAGGAGGAUGUCCAGUCAAGCAUGGUGGCUGCUUUUGGAUCUGGGGCUUUGUUUUCAUUGGUGAGUGGAAUGGGAGGUCCAAAUCAGGCUGCCAACGCUGUUACCUCUGGUUUCUUUUUCGCCCUCGUUCAAGGUGGAAUUUUCAAGGUAGGGGAAAGGUUUUCUCAACCACCAGUGGAAGAUGUGCACUAUGCUAAAACAAGAAGCAUGUUGAAUAACCUUGGCCUACAGGGUUAUGAGAAGAAUUUCAAGAAUGGCUUAUUGUCCGAUUCGACUUUGCCUCUGCUCACUGAUAGUGCGCUUAGAGAUGUCAAAAUCCCGCCCGGACCAAGGCUACUCAUUCUCGAUCACAUUCAGAGGAACCCAGAGGUGAGAGAGAGAUGAAGCUGAUUUGAAGGGAGCGUCUUCCCCAGCUAUUUGCAACACAAGAAUACUAAGUUCAUCCUAAAUAGGAAGAAAGUAUGAUAAAUAGGGCUGUUGUACUUGUGAGAAGUUGAUUUUGUCAUUUGAAUUCGCAUUUUAAGUUCAAUUUGGAACUUUGGGUGGUGCAAA